UCUUUUGUCUCAUUCAUCUCGCAGUGCAUCAACAAUGGCGGAAUCGAAGCCAACGACAUCAGCAACGAAGGCGGCCAAAGCGAAAGCAAGAAGUCCUCCCUCUCACCCUCCUUAUCUCCAGAUGAUCGGAGAAGCAAUCACAGCGCUGAAAGAUCGCACUGGAUCAAGCCAAUACGCGAUUGGAAAGUUCAUUGAAGAGAAGCACAAGGCCAAGCUCCCUCCCAACUUUGCCAAGGUUCUUCUCAUCCAACUUCGCAAGUUCACCGCCUCUGGAAAACUCAUCAAGAUCAAGAACUCUUACAAACUUCCGUCGGUGCCGAAGAAGUCAGCGGUGGUGACUAAGACGAAGAAGCCAAAAGCAUCUGGGAAAGUGGUGACGCCAAAGAAGAAGAAGGUGGUUUCAGGAUUGAGGAAGAGGAAGAGUGUGAAGUCGAUUGGGAAGUCGCCGGUGAAGAAGGCUGGUGCUGCUGCUGCUGCUGCUGCGAAGAAGAAGAUGAAAGCGAAGAAGUGAGGAUUUGUUUGAUGUGUGUGUUUCUGUGCUUUUUCUAAUAAUGUUGGGAGUGGUUUGUAAAUUUCUUGAAAAGUUAGGGUUGUCAUUGUAAAUGUGCUAAACAUUUAGAAUAUAGUUUUAAGUAUUGUAGUGAUAUGAUUUGAUCUUGUUGGAGUCUUAUCUAAUCUUGUUAUGAAAAACUGAUCCAAUGUUUUUGGGGUUUGUUU